AUGAGCCGCGAUCCCAAUGAGGUAGCUCAGGAGCUUAUGAAAAAUGAAAAGUUCCUAAGUAUAUUUCAACGUGCCUUAGCAACUGGUAAAGGAAUAAACGGUGAGGAUGCUGAAAAUUUGAUGAAAGAUAUACCCAAAGAAGGAGAUCCCAAGCGUGAUGCCUGGCUCCGCAAGCUUCAGAAAACCCUAAGAGAGGAGGCGAUGAAGGAGGCCAAGGAAGAGCUUGAGAAAGUUCAUAGCGAUGAAAACGGCCAGUGGAUGUACAUAUUACCCGAACCAGGGUUCUGCAUAAAAUGCGUAACGAGCGGGGGAUGUAAAAUUUUUAUUAACAUUUGCAAACACGAACGGAUUGCGGAGCCGAUUCCGAUCCCAAAGGAAGAAUGUGACUCUUCCGACGACAAUGAGGUGCACUUUCGCAUCCCUCUUAGUUGCGGCCAGGCGCGGCCGGAUACCGACAAGAGCGGCAAACCCUGCAAAGUCUACGAUGUGAUCGUGAACCCCACCACCAUCAAGCGGUGUGGCGAGGAGCAUGAAUUUCGCCGCUUCGUCGCCGCCCUCUGCAUGCAGUGGAUUAAACAAAAGUCCGAGCCCCUGAUGAACGCGGAGGAGUUUCGAAACCUCAACUUCACCGCCAAAGGGACACUCGAGCCGCAGCGGAUUCGCCUCUCCAGCGUCCCGAUGCAAAAGAACGCCUUGAAUGAUGAAAUUAACCUCCCUUCGACUGGGAAGGGGCCUACCGCCCCCACCCACGCCGGGGGUCUUGGCAACACCCACAAACUCAUCGAGGAAAUCGACCAACCGGCAAAGACCCCCCCUCCUCCCUCCGCUCCCACCCCGGAGAUUCGCCGCGUUCAGCCCGAGGGCGUUUACGAUUGGUCGACGCACACGCGACCGAUGCAAAGCCCUUUUUUCCGCGAUUCCGUUCCCGCCUUUUACGACGUGGAGCUUUUCCUCCCCGGGGUGCAAUCCAUCCAGGAGGUUUGCGUGAAGGUGAGCGCGCGGCGGCUGGAGUGCUUUCGCGAAGGCGAGGACGACGAGCAGGAGGGGAAGGAGCCUUUCUUGACCGUCGUCUUCGACUACCCGGUCCACGAGGAUCCUUCGGAGGCGAAAUUUUUGCGGAAACGCGGCCUCUUGAAAAUGCGUUUUGCGGUGGCGAUCCCGAACGAAACGACGACGACCCGCACCGCCGCCGAUCGCGACGUCGAGGAGAUCGAACAGGAGGAAGCGCGCCGCGCGGAGGAGGAGCGGGAGGCGGCGUGGAAAAUCCACCGCGAUCGCGCCGCGCAGCAUCGCGCCGAGGAGGAAAAAGUUUUCGCGACGCGUCGGCAAUACGUGGAAGGGCUCGCGGCGGUGCAGGCAGGGGAGGUCCCGCCGGCGAUUCGCGCGGAGAUCGAGGGGAUGCCGAAGGAGCAGCUCCCCGGGCUGCUCGCGCGGUUGGAAGGCCGCAUCCGCCGUGGCGACGCCGUUGAUGAGCUCCUAGAGAAGCUGGCGGAGCCGGUUCUUGAUGGGUUGACGGCGUUUAUUCGCGAAAAACUUUCCCUCCAGCCAAAGGAUACGACCAAAAUGGGAAAGCGGGUUCACUUUGAUGAAAAAACGACGACGACGACGACGACGAGCGCGGCGCCUGCCAAGGGAGGGGUGGGUGAGGCUGGCAAAGGGGAUGCCGCCCCUUCGACGGCGAAGAAUACGGAAAACUCCGACCCCCGUAGCGAGGCGCUCGCGGAGUAUAACAACGCAACACGAUCGGAGAAGCUUUUUGGGGUACCCUUUCACAACCGCUACCUUUUUGCCUUGGAUUAA